AUGACCAAUCUCGCCAAAAAGAAGCCAGUAACACCGCGGAUAGGGUUUGCUCGUGCCGCCCUGUCCUUACGGCGCGGUUCCCCUUUCCUCCCGCCCCUUCCUCACUCCACGAUUCCUUAUCCCGCGCCCGUCGCGCUGCUAUUUCUUCCCGUCCAUUCCCCCUCUCCCCACACACCAAUCCUCCCUUCACCACGGCGUUGCUCUUCACUUCCCCCUCACGUCGCCUUCAUUUCCCCCUCCCGUCGCCUUCAUUUACCCCUCCCGUCGCCUUCAUUUCCCCCUCCCGUCGCCUUCAUUUCCCCCUCCCGUCGCCUUCAUUUCCCCCUCCCGUCGCCUUCAUUUCCCCCUCCCAUCGCCUUCAUUUCCCCCUCCCGUCGUCUUCAUUUCCCCCUCCCGCCGCCUUCAUUUCCCCCUCACGUCGCCUUCAUUUCCCCCUCGCCUUCAUUUCCCCCUCCCGUCUCCUUCAUUUCCCCCUCCCGUCGCCUUCAUUUCCCCCUCCCGCCGCCUUCAUUUCCCCCUCCCGUCGUCUUCAUUUUCCCCUCCCGUCCCAUUCAUUUCCCCCCUCCCGCCGCCUUCAUUCCCCCCUCCCGUCUCCUUCAUUUCCCCCUCCCGUCGCCUUCAUUUCCCCCUCCCGUCGCGUUCACUUCCCCCUCGCCUUCGCCGUCACUCCCCUCACCCAUCGCCCUCGCUCCCCCCUCCCAUCGCCCUCUCUUCCCCGGCAAUCCCUGUUUCGCCUGCUCCUUCUCUUCCUCCCGGCUCACUCUGUCUGUCUCCCCUGCUCAAUCUCUUCCCCCUCUCCCCCCAAUCCCCCACCCACUCUUCCUCAAGUUGUUGGUUCACUUGCGCAAACGCCUCCUGCACAAAUGCUCCCCUUUUUCCCACUCCCACCAUCCCCUUUCCACCCCCGCCUCCCCCCCUUCUCCUGCAGUCGCUGGUUCACUUGCGCCAUCUGUGAGUGUGAGGCAGCAGCAUCACCACCGCCUCGCUGCUCCUCGCCUUCCCCCGCCUGCUCUCCGCCAACCUCGCAUGGACUGCCCUCUCCCACCACCCGUCCACCCCUCCCUCACCGCCCUGCACCUCUCCCACUGCCCCCUCCUUACCUCCGCCUCAUCUCCUUCCUCUUCUCACUCCUCCUCCUCUUCCUCCUCCACCCUCACUCAUCUCGUUACCUCUGGUGCCUCAAUCGCUCCUCCCUCCUCCCUCUUCCCUCCUCACCUCCUAGCCUCCCUCACUCACCUCAACCUCUCCCACUCGCGCGGCGCCACACUUCUUCCUCCUCCGCACCGCACCACCCUUCACCGCACUCCACUCACCUCUCCUCCCGCCCUUUGCGAGACCACCAGGCAGACGAUAAGACUUUUGCACUCGAACACACCACUGUCGCUCUGUCCUUUGCUCUCUUACACACCCCUGCGCACUCUCUUCCCCCUGCGCACUCUCUUCCCCCCUGCGCACUCUCUUCCCCCCUGCGCACUCUCUUCCCCCCUGCGCACUCUCUUCCCCCCUGCGCACUCUCUUCCCCCCUGCGCACUCUCUUCCCCCCUGCGCACUCUCUUCCCCCCUGCGCACUCUCUUCCCCCCUGCGCACUCUCUUCCCCCCUGCGCACUCUCUUCCCCCCUGCGCACUCUCUUCCCCCUGCGCACUCUCUUCCCCCCUGCGCACUCUCUUCCCCCCUGCGCACUCUCUUCCCCCCUGCGCACUCUCUUCCCCCCUGCGCACUCUCUUCCCCCCUGCGCACUCUCUUCCCCCCUGCGCACUCUCUUCCCCCCUGCGCACUCUCUUCCCCCCUGCGCACUCUCUUCCCCCCUGCGCACUCUCUUCCCCCCUGCGCACUCUCUUCCCCCCUGCGCACUCUCUUCCCCCCUGCGCACUCUCUUCCCCCCGCACUCUCUUCCCCCCUGCGCACUCUCUUCCCCCUGCGCACUCUCUUCCCCCCUGCGCACUCUCUUCCCCCUGCGCACUCUCUUCCCCCCUGCGCACUCUCUUCCCCCCUGCGCACUCUCUUCCCCCCUGCGCACUCUCUUCCCCCCUGCGCACUCUCUUCCCCCCUGCGCACUCUCUUCCCCCCUGCGCACUCUCUUCCCCCCUGCGCACUCUCUUCCCCCCUGCGCACUCUCUUCCCCCCUGCGCACUCUCUUCCCCCCUGCGCACUCUCUUCCCCCCUGCGCACUCUCUUCCCCCCUGCGCACUCUCUUCCCCCCUGCGCACUCUCUUCCCCCCUGCGCACUCUCUUCCCCCCUGCGCACUCUCUUCCCCCCUGCGCACUCUCUUCCCCCUGCUCACUCUCUUUCCCCCUGCUCACUCUCUUACCCCCUGCCAUGCCUCUCCCCUCCCACUUCCAUUUCCAUCCCCUCACGCUUCCAUUUCCCGCCCCUCGCUCUACCAUUCUCUGGCACUCACGCUAUUCUCACCCUUGUUCCCCCUGCUCGGUCUAUUUCCCCCUUUGCUCGCCCCUAUAUUCGCCUGCUCACUCCCUUGCCCCUAGCGAACUCUCUUCCCCUAUGCUCACUUCCUUUUCCCCUGUACUCACCCAUCUUUCACCCCUCUUUACUCUCUAUUCCCCUUUCGUUCAACCCAUUUCCACCCUCAAGUUCUCUCAUUUCCCCUGUUCACCCCCCUCAGCCCUUGCUCACUUGCUUUCCCCUUUGCUCACCCCCUUCUCCACCCUGCUCACUCUCUUUCCCCCUUUGCUCACCCCUCUGCCUUGCUCACUCCUCUGCCUUGCUCACUCCUCCCAUACAUGCCCUUCUUUACCUCCACCUUCAUUCCUUGCUUAA